AAAAACCACCACAAGUCGUCGUCGUCGUGUGGAAGAAUCCAUCUUAAACAGAGCACUCCGGCUUCGUGAUUAGCAAGCGGGGCUGCGUCGUUUUACUUUAAAGAUUGUCCUACCCCCCGAUUUGACAAGUGUAUAAUCACAACAUGGCUGAGAUCGAGCAGCAGUACAUGGAGACGUCCGAAAACGGCCACGAAGUCGACGAUGACUUCAAUGGAGCCGGCCAGGCCGGUGAGAACGCCUGCGGUGAAGGAGCUGGGGCCGACGACAAUUCGCAAAACGGCGGCACGGAGGGUGGACAAAUAGACGCGAGUAAAGGCGAGGAAGAUGCAGGGAAAAUGUUUGUCGGUGGCCUUAGCUGGGACACAACCAAGAAGGAUCUCAAAGAUUACUUCUCCAAAUUUGGCGAGGUGUCAGAUUGCACCAUCAAAAUUGACCAGCAGACAGGCCGGUCACGAGGCUUUGGUUUCAUUCUUUUCAAAGAGUCUGUCAGCGUAGACAAGGUUCUUGAACAAAAGGAACACAGACUGGAUGGGAGACAGAUUGACCCGAAGAAGGCUAUGGCCAUGAAGAAGGAUCCAGUCAAGAAAAUCUUUGUGGGGGGUCUUAACCCAGACACAGCGAAGGAGGUCAUUGAGGACUACUUUAAAACAUUUGGAGAGAUCGAGACUAUUGAGCUUCCCCAAGAUCCAAAGACAGAGAAGAGGAGGGGUUUUGUAUUCAUCACCUAUCAAGAUGAGGGUCAUGUCAAGAAAGUCAUGGAGAGAAAAUACCACACUGUUGGUGGCAGCAAGUGUGAAAUUAAAAUAGCUCAACCCAAAGAAGUCUACCAGCAGCAGCAGUAUGGCGCUCGUGGAUACGGCGGCGCGCGCGGCAGGGGCCGUGGAGGCCAGGGCCCAAACUGGAAUCAAGGUGGUUACAACUACUGGAACCAAGGUGCUUACAACCAGAACUAUGGAGGCUAUGGACAGCAAAACUAUGGAGGCUAUGGCGGCUAUGGAGGCUAUGACUACUCUGGUGGUUAUUACGGCUAUGGGGGUGGCUACGAUUACAACCAGGGCAAUACAAGCUAUGGGAAAACUCCAAGACGUGGCCACCCGAGUAGCUACAAGCCAUACUGAUCACACGUAGUGCAGGUCUAACGUAAAUAAGAAAAGAGAUCCAUGGUCUGACCACAGCGAACAUGGGCUCUGGCUUUUCCUUUGGAGUUGGCAGAAAUUUGGACUCAUGCUCCAUUUGUACAGAUCAAGUGAGGAAUUGGGGAAGCAAAUGUCACUUUUCCACUUUUUAUUUUAUAUUGUUUUGUCCAUUUACAUUUCCAGUGAUGGAAGUGUUAUUUUUACUGUACUUUUUGGUACCUUUUUGAAUCUAAUGUAUUGUAUGGUUGUAUUUUUACAUGUCUACUGGAUUUACAAACAGGAGCAAGAGCUUUUAAAGCUCACAAAUAAAACAAUUUAGCUUUU